AUGGGCCAGAUGGCAACCGCAAUUAGUCGGUUAGAGGCACAAAGUUCAGGAAAAUUACCCUCUCAAAUGGUUGUGAAUCCAAGAGAAAAUGUAAAUGCAAUCAUUUUGAGAAGUGGUAAAGAGGUUGAGAUUCCAGCAAAGGUAGCCCCUGCAUCGUCGAAGCAAGAAAAGGAGAAAAAUGUCAUUGCAGACGGGAACAUUCCCAAUGAUGAUGACAUACCUAAAUGUAAGUUUCCACCUCUUUCUGAUUAUAAACCAGUACCUCAUUUUCCUCAGGCUUUAGUAUAUUUUAGAAAAGAUGAGCAAUUUAAAGAAUUUUAUGAGGCUUUUCAUAGAUGCGAGGUAAAUAUUCCACUUUUAGAUGCUACUAAACAAGUACCUUGUUAUGCUAAAUUCCUGAAAGAACUGUGUACACAUAAGAGGAAACAAAAACUGAAAGGAUGUGAGAAACUGAGAGUAUGGGAGAAUGUUUAUGCAGUUAUUCAAAGAAAACUCCCUGUAAAGUGCAAAGAUCCAGGUAUGUUUACUAUCCCUUGCAUGAUAGGUAACACUAGAAUUGAAAAGGCCAUGUUAGACUUAGGAGUUUCUAUCAAUGUCAUGCCAUAUUCUAUAUAUGCUUCUUGGAAACUUGGACCUUUGAAUAAAACUGGUGUUGUGAUUCAAUUGGCUGAUAGAUCUAAUGCAUAUCCUAAGGGUGUUGUUGAGGAUGUUCUUGUGAAAGUUAAUGAUUUGGUUUUCCCUGUUGAUUUUUACGUGCUUGAUAUGGAUAAUGGUGAUCAAACCACUCCUAUUUUGUUAGGAAAACCAUUCUUAAAAACAUCCAAGACUAAGAUAGAUGUUAAUAGUGGCACACUUACCUUGGAAGUUGAUGGUGAAAUUGUUAAGUUUAAUAUUUAUGAUGCCAUGGAAUAUCGUAGAGAUGAUAAUCCUAUUUAUUCUAUAGAUAUGAUUGAUUCUUUAGCACAUGAAGUUUUUGACAUUGAUGAGAAAGAUGGAUUGGAAAUUUCCAUUAGUAAGCAUCUUGAGAAAGAGGAGUUAACAUUGAGUUCUCAUUUGCAGGAAAUUGUUGCAGCGUUAAAUGAUUCUCCGGAGUUACAACAGUCAAGUAACAUUCCUUAUAUUAUGUUACCAAUUUCUAAUGGGAGACCUUUACCCUCUGUUUUGCAGGCCCCUAUUCCAGAUUUGAAGCCUCGCCCCAGUCACCUCAAGUAUGUGUUUCUUGGAGAUGAAGGGAUGUUACCAGUGAUCAUCUCCAGUAGCCUUAGCACACCACAAGAAGAAAAGCUUGUGCAGGUCCUUAAGGAGCAUAAGACGGCUAUUGGAUGGAUAGUUGCGGAUAUUAAAGGAAUCAGCCCGUCUACAUGCAUGCAUCGUAUCUUACUUGAAGAGGGAGCAAAGCCUUCCCAUCAACCACAAAGAAGAUUGAACCCACCCAUGAUGAAUGAAAGGGGAAAACACAAGAAGUUGCAACUACAAGAGUUAGAGGAAAUUCGCAAUGAUGCUUAUGAAAGUGCAAGGAUUUACAAGGAAAAGACGAAGCUUUUCAUGACAAGAUGA